UCUCGGACGCAGUUGACGAUGUAAACAAGAGAAGACGGCCGAGCGCAACAGGGAAAUCGAGCGCUCCGCCGACACCUCGGAUUAAAAGGCUUUUUUUGUUGUUGUUGUUCGGUGGGGGUGGGCUCGCCAUCGGCCCGAAAUGGGGCUCCCGGUUACUAUAAAAGUCAAUUUUCGAGGGAACGUCAAGAGAUUCCUGGCGGGCGACCUGGACAAGCUAGAGUGGAGCUCUGUGGAAGGCUGGAUUAAAGCGUCUUUCGGAAUUAACCACUUCCAAGUGAAGUACUUUGAUGAAGACAGCGAAGAGAUUUGCAUCAACAGUCAAGACGAGUACGAGGAAGCCAUCAAGAGCGCCGAGAAGCAGGGCAACCACCUCAACAUGAACGUGUACAAGAUGAAGGGACAAGCGUCCGGGGGCCCGCUCAAGACCGAGGUCAAGGAGCUGAAGGGGGACCUCCGACCGGCGCCCCCCUACCCGUCGCGGGUCAAGACGGUCGACAAGGGCACGCAGGUUACCCCGGAGCGAGAAGCUGUGACCGCCAAGGACAAUAAGGGGACCAAAUCAGAAGACGAGCCUCCUCCCAUGUGGUUCCGAUCCUACAUGGAGAAGUUUAAAGACGAGGUGGUGAAGGAAGUGGUGGAGCGCAUGUGCAGUGACUUCUCCGGCCAGUGUUGCACGCACAAGCCUCCCGCGGCGCCGCCUCCCGAACCCAGCGGGCCCAGUUGCGCUCCCGUCAUGGGGCCCAGGCCCGGACCGCCGGCCAGCACCGCUGGGCCCAGGCCGGGCCCCUCAACCUCCGGUGUGUCUCUUGGUUACACACCAAACUGCAGCAGCUGCAACAAACUCACCUCUGAAGGAGCCUACAAGUGCAGCGUUUGCCCGUCCUGCAUCCUUUGCGAGAUAUGUCGGCACAGCCACGACCCCAGCCACAACCUCGUGAGGACCAAGACUCCCCUUUCCAUCCCCGAGCACGGAAUGUCAGGAGAAUUGAGGUUCCCACGGCGAGGAGACAGGACGGUGCGCAAGGCCGAACGUCAGCGCCUCAAAGCGGAAAGGAGGCAGCUGCGAGCCGAAGUGAAGGAAAUCAAGAAGAAACUGAGACUGGAGAAGCGGGGCAUGCAGUGGAGCGGGCCCUCUACCUCGGGCCGAGCCGCAGCCCUGACAAACACGGCCUCCGCCUCCACCCAGGCCCCCGCCCCGCUGCCCCCGCCCACUGCCUCAGACACAGCCUCAGGUCCCGCCCCUGCCCUGGCCCCGGCCCCGGCCCCCGACCCCCAGGCCUCCAGUCCAGAGGGUCCCGGGGCCUCGCACUCGUCCUUGCUGCCCACUUUGGCCGCCUUGUUUCUGGAUGAAAAUCUGCCGGACGGCACCCGUCUGGAGCCUGGCACCAAGUUCAUCAAGUACUGGAAGAUGAGGAACUCGGGAACUAUCGGCUGGACCCCCGAGACCAAGCUGGUGUUCAUGUGGGGCAACCUCGGCCUGGCGUCAGAGGAAAGGAGGUCGGUGUCCGUGCCCCUGCUGCUCCCCGGCCAAGUCGGCGUGGUUAGCGUGACGUUCGUGGCGCCCGUGAUGGAAGGCACGUACACCUCACAUUGGCGGCUGGCGCACCGCGGCCACCAGUUUGGGCCGCGGGUGUGGUGCAGCAUCGUGGUCGAGCCCGGCAAUGGACUGAACGCGCUUCAGCACCACCGGAAACGACUGAGAGACCAACUGAGGCCCGGCGCGAAGGAUGAUGAGGUCGGGCCCAAGGAAGGCUUGUCUGUGGACAUGAGCCACAAUGGCUUCUUCCUGCCUUAUGUAGACCUGCUGACCGCUCAGGAUCUUCUGUCCUUUGAGUUGAUGGAUAUCAACAUUGUGCAGGAGCUGGAGAAGGUUCCUAACAACUCUCCCGUGGAUCUGACACCUUGCAUCUCUCCCUUGCCCCAUGAUGCACCAGGACCAGAAAAAGCACUCACUGCGGAUAUAAAAGACGACUCCCAGGUCACAGGUGUCCGAAAAAUUUUCGGAGGGCAAACGAGGCUCCAUAGGGAGCACGCGUGGGAGGCGGCCACGCCAGACGAGGAACGCGAGGAGGAGAUCAGCGGUGCUCAGUUCCUGUGCGAGACCCUCAUGCGGUCCCUCACCCUGGAGGAGGCCCCCGACCACAGGCCCGUGCGCAGGAGCCAGCAACAUGCCGUUCAUCAGGCGCAAAUUGUGUUGCGGGGUUCCGGCUUCGGCCUGGAGAGGGAGUCCCCGGCUGACAAGGGCGAGCGAGAAGGAAUCGAAAUGCCAGCUCUUGGAUCCGAAGCGCCCGGCGACGUUCUGCCUUCUGGCCCCGGUCACGACGAUGAGGAUGAUGAAGAUGAACAGGAUGACGCAAAGGAUUGCAAGGAAGAGAAAGCGGACGACUGGGAUGAUAUGAGCAGCCAGACGUCCUCGUCGUCCUCCUGCGACGACUUCAUCAUCGUCCUCCCCGACUGCUUCGACACGAGUCGUCCCCUGGGGGAGUCCAUGUACAGCUCGGCCAUGUCCCAGCCCGACGCCAUCGUGACCGCCACGCUGGCCAGCCCCGAGCCGCUGCGAGAGGAGGACUACGCCUCGGACACGGGCGAGGCGUCGUCGCCGCCGCCGGCGGAGGAGCGCGGCAACCUCGCGGACGUCGACGGGGACUUAACGGCCGACGCGCCGCCUGCGCCCGCCCUCGCUAUCCACAGCAGCGUCAACCAGAUGCUUUGCACCUCACAGACGCUGGAUGCCGCCACGCUCACGCCAGAAGUGGUGCCCCCGCCGCCCGCCAUCUACUCGCCCAGGUCCGAGGCUUUGUAUCUGGCGGAGGGUGCUUGUCACGCAGUCGAUGAGUCACACACACCGAGGGUCCACGCCAACGUUUCAUCAGGCCUGUCGAGAUCUGCAGGCUCAGCAUCCAGCGCCUUUGAGACGUACAACCCCAGACCCGGCAACGCGCUGCAGCCCAGGGGUCAAGGAGGCCUCACCGAGGGCCUGGUGAAGGGGGCCCUCUCGGUGGCUGCGUCCGCUUACAAGGCUCUGUUCACCGCCCCCAACUGUCCCAUACAGCGUGGCGUGGACCCGGCGGCCCGCCAGGACCCGUCCCUCAUGGCCAUGCUGCUGGAGAUGGGCUUCCGCGACCGGCGCCUCAACCAGCACCUCCUCCGCAAGCACGGCUACAACCUGCUGCACACCGUGAACGAGCUGGUGCAGAUAGCCGAGGACGCGCCGCCAGGACGCGCCGUCCAGGCUCGCCACUGACGGGACGGGGCCGGAUGAUGUCUCUCUCUCUCUCUCUCUUUCUUUUUUCUUCCCCCCUUUCUUUAAUUUCCUCUCCAAUCUCAUUCAUAUUUAAAGGGUUGAGCAUUUGUGUUCAUUUGGACCAAGCGUGGUAGUGAAGAGCUGCUUGUAGAUGAUUCCGAUUGGUGGUUGGCUUUAUACGUGGGGCGAUAAUCGAAACGUUUUAGUGUUUUUAAUAUUAUCUUUUUUUGGGGGGGGUGGGGGGGGCUCGCGCUAACGUCCCUUUUCCACUGCAUGAUACGUAAAUGGCACUUCGACACUAAGUACUAUUUGUAGUGCCAGCUCAGACAAGGUUCUAAACACAUGCUGAGCCUGAUCCACAGUCUCCGCAGACCCUUCUGUCAUACGUUGUUAUUGUUUUAAUAGCAUUUGGCUACAAAGCAGUCCCAUUUGCUUUUAAUUCUGAAAUACCUUUUGAAAUGAAUUGGCCUCCUUCGCUCUGUCAUAAACACAAUUUUAUGCCAGCUUGAUCCAGAGUCUCCGCUUGGCUGCAACGUUUUGGGUUUUCUCCCUGCCCUUAAUCUCCUUUUGGAUCAAAUUUGCCCCCUUCGCUGGGAUGUAAAUACACGACAAAUCAGUGUUCCUUAAAUCGUUGUAAUUAAUAGAUGGGUGCAUUUAACGCAGGUGGGGUUUUGUACCCGCCGGCCCAAUCCGAGCCGGGGGCCGGCGCACCGCAGUGGAAAAAGCGACGCGGAGUGCGAACAAAAGCGGUAGAAAAAGCACGGCUAGCGACGCGACCCUUCCUCCGUUAAACCCGUUAGUCCGUUCUGCCUAAUCAAUGCAAUCUUUUUUUUUUUUUGUAUCCGAGUACUGUUCUUUCUCUUUUAGACGUUGACGUGUGGAAUGUAUACAAAGAAUAUAUAGCUGAAUAUAUAUUUAUCACGGCGGGAGUUUCGAGCGGCGGUCCGCUCGACGCCUUCUUCCCGCCCUUUCACCAAAACCUAGCGACGCUCGUUAUUAGCGAACCUGAGAUGUCUCCGCAAAACAACACAUUCCUCAAGCUCCAGUAGUACCGACACCUUUUGAUCACGACUACUGUCAUUGUCGUUGCCUUUUUUGGAAUCGCGCACCCCGACGACUAGUUACGAGUCGCUCGUUUUUCUUUUUUUGGCGCCGAGCGUUUCGGAGCAGAUUCCUAUUUUAUCAGCGCGAGUGUGUUUUUGAGGUUCCCGUGUGUCGUGUCGUCCGUGUCGUGCCGAAUGUCAAAGAUAGUUUCGAAAAGAUCCGCUUGUCACAUCUUCUUCUUCUGCAAACACUUUCACAACACCUUCUGCUGUAGAUCCCAAAAUAAACAAUUUGCACAUGG